CGGCCGCGCUGCGGAGCCAGUCGGGACGGAGGAGACAAGAUGGCGCUGCGCGCGAUGCGGGGGAUCGUGAACGGGGCCGCACCCGAGCUACCCAUGCCCACCAGUAGGCCGGGGGUGGGAUCUCGAGAGCAGGCGCUGGCAGCGAGCCGGAACUACCUCUCCCAGCCUCGCCUCACAUACAAGACAGUAUCAGGAGUCAAUGGUCCACUGGUGAUCUUAGAUCAUGUUAAGUUUCCCAGAUAUGCUGAGAUUGUCCACUUGACAUUACCUGAUGGCACGAAGAGAAGUGGGCAAGUUCUAGAAAUCAGUGGUUCCAAAGCAGUGGUUCAGGUAUUUGAAGGGACUUCAGGUAUAGAUGCCAAGAAAACGUCCUGUGAGUUUACUGGAGAUAUUCUCCGAACACCAGUGUCUGAGGACAUGCUUGGUCGAGUAUUCAAUGGGUCAGGAAAACCCAUUGACAGAGGGCCUGUUGUACUGGCUGAAGACUUCCUUGACAUCAUGGGCCAGCCAAUCAACCCUCAGUGUCGAAUCUACCCGGAAGAGAUGAUUCAGACCGGCAUUUCAGCCAUAGACGGCAUGAACAGUAUUGCUAGGGGACAGAAAAUUCCUAUCUUCUCUGCUGCCGGCUUACCACACAAUGAGAUUGCAGCUCAGAUUUGUCGCCAGGCUGGUUUGGUAAAGAAAUCCAAAGAUGUAGUGGACUACAGUGAGGAGAAUUUUGCGAUUGUAUUUGCUGCUAUGGGUGUAAACAUGGAAACUGCCCGGUUCUUCAAAUCUGACUUUGAAGAAAAUGGCUCCAUGGACAAUGUCUGCCUCUUUUUGAACUUGGCUAAUGACCCAACUAUUGAACGAAUUAUCACUCCUCGCUUGGCUCUAACCACAGCUGAAUUUCUGGCCUAUCAGUGUGAGAAACAUGUAUUGGUUAUCCUAACAGACAUGAGUUCUUAUACUGAAGCACUUCGAGAGGUGUCAGCAGCCAGGGAAGAGGUUCCGGGUCGACGCGGUUUCCCAGGCUACAUGUACACUGAUUUAGCGACAAUAUAUGAACGUGCCGGUCGGGUGGAAGGUAGAAAUGGCUCUAUUACUCAAAUCCCUAUUCUCACCAUGCCUAACGAUGAUAUCACUCACCCCAUCCCUGACUUGACUGGAUAUAUCACAGAGGGGCAGAUCUAUGUGGACAGACAGCUACACAACAGACAGAUUUACCCGCCUAUUAAUGUGUUACCAUCAUUGUCACGGUUAAUGAAGUCUGCUAUUGGGGAAAGUAUGACCAGAAAGGACCAUGCCGAUGUAUCCAACCAGCUGUAUGCGUGCUAUGCUAUCGGGAAGGACGUACAAGCCAUGAAAGCAGUAGUUGGAGAAGAAGCUCUUACCUCAGAUGAUCUUCUUUACCUGGAAUUUCUGCAGAAGUUCGAGAGGAACUUCAUUGCUCAGGGUCCUUAUGAAAAUCGCACUGUCUACGAGACUUUGGACAUUGGCUGGCAGCUGCUCCGAAUCUUCCCCAAAGAAAUGCUGAAGAGGAUCCCCCAGAGCACCCUGAGCGAAUUCUAUCCUCGAGACUCCGCCAAGCACUAGCCGCCGCCGCCCUGCUGGCUGGUUGCGCUUGUGAAGUGCUCGUUCUCUUUUCUGUAUUCCUUUGCGCUCCCCCGUCCGCACCUCUGUGCUGGAGUUUACCGUGUUACCCUGUAAUUAAAAGCAAAGAAAGGUGACAUAUCGUGCCAGUGUUGCCAUGUCUUAAACUGCUAACAGACUUUAAAAUAUCCCCUGUUCAGAGAACCUGUAUCUUCAGCGCUUUGUUUAAAGUAGCUACAGGGAUGGAGGUAAAGUUUUCUUACCGAUGUGUGUAUUUGUACAUAGUGGGGUAGUUAGUUGCCUAAUAAUGUCCUCAUUAUUUGGGUCUCCCAGACCUUACCUCUCCACCCCCUCAAGAGUAUCACUAUCUAAAUAAAGUUAAAUGCUUUCAUCUCCAAAUUAGGGCGAGGAUGGGGAUGAAAGAAGCAUCCUCUCAGAAGAGCCCAGAGGCGCUGCUGAGCAGUGUUUCGGAUGUUUGGUGUGCCUCUGGGUCUGUGCUGCUGCCCUAAGCAGAUGGUUUUCACUGUCCACCUGCUCUUUCCUAUUUAAUGAAUACACUAGAAAGGGAGUUCCUUCUUCCUCUUCGGUACGCGUUAGUGGGGGGGUCCUGUCUGACUGUUCUCCCUCCCUCUGAGUAACACAGAAUCAUGCGGCUUUUGCACAGCUGGCAUUGAUCUGAUAGAAGUGAGAUGCCUUGUCUUGACCCUUACCGGGAUCCUUACUGGGUUCCCAUGCAGAGGAAUCAUAACUAAAAUAACUAGAGUUGAUUGGAAAGAGUUGGGGUACGAUUAAAAAAAAAAAAGAAAAACCUAAACCCGUUUUUCAUUCGGACAUGAUAACAGUGGUGUAAGUUUCUAAAGUGUUUGCCAGAUGCUGAAGGCAAGGUGGAGGGAGGGAAGCCCUGCUGGGUGUGGAUAUUUUAAACUCUGUUAGAGAGCAGCCUUUAGAAAAACCCUGUAUUUGGUCCUGCUUUCUGACCUGUCCCUGCUCCUUCAGGGUAAUUUUGUGGCACAAGUAAUAGCAUUUAAAAGCUUUAGCCUUCUGAUUCCUGCUCCUUCCUGCUGUGAGCCCUGAGCUGCCUUCUAUGCACUCUGCCAUGUCUACUGUGUGGUCUCUCUGUGUUCUUCGUUACUUGGGUGCAAUAGCAACUUCUCUGUGCAUUCCAUCUUUCAAGUUGUGUAAAGUUUUUUCUUGGAGGGGGUGAGGGGGUUGGGGGAGUCAGCAUGAUUAUAUUUUAAUGUAGAAAAUGUGACAUCUGGAUAUAAAAUGAAAAUAAAUAUUAAGUUAAAUGGAA